AUGGCAACCUUUGGAGAUGAUAAUAAUGGUUCUGUUCGCGAUUCUUCCGAACGGACUGUGUCUGAGGUUGCUCCCAUUCAUUCCCACCCGGCUCCGAGCCUUUCGUCGGCUCGCCAUUUUGUUUCCCUGAAGCUUACCAUUCAUAACUAUCUGUUUUGGAGGACUCAAAUGCUUCCAUUCUUGGAAGGGCAGGGCCUCAUUGGUUUUGUUGACGGUACGCUCGCGUGUUCGACCGGAGCAGCGCCGGUGGAGUCCACGGCGGAGAGCAGUGGUGCGGCAGCGUCCGGUGCGUCGGCUUCGGCUUCGGAACAGUGGCGCAGGCAAGAUAAGGUCAUCUUGUCUCUUUUGAUUUCAUCACUGUCCGAUGAGAUGAUGCAUAUGGCGGUUGGUCGGUCGACUCCGCGUGCGUUAUGGCUGGCUAUUGAGCAGGAACUAGGGUCGGCAACGCGGUCUCGUGCCUUGCGGCUUCUUGGUGAAUUGCAGGCACUGUCGCAGGGGGAGUCUUCUGUCUCGGAUUAUCUCGGCCGAGCACGGAUGCUUGUAGAAGACUUGGCGCUUGCCGGACGUCCGAUCACGCUUGAUGUUCAAAACAUCUAUGUUUUUCGCGGGUUGCGGCCGGAGCUUCGUCCACUCAUUGCACCAUUGACGCGUGGUUCUCCGGUGACGUUGUCCGAGCAUUCGGACUACCUUACCUCUCAGGAGUGGAUCUGUGCGGCUGGCGGUGGUGGAGUCGGUUCGCCGGCGGUUAUGGCAGUGAACCGAGGCCGUGGCAGUCGCAUGCAUGGUGGGCAGGUUCGUGGUGGUUCGGGCAGUGGUGGCUCGGGUGGUGGCCGUGGCCGGGGAGGUCGUGGUUGUGGACGUGGCUGGUCCGAUGUGCGUUGUCAAAUUUGUGAUAAACAGGGACAUUCUGCGUUGAAUUGCUAUCGCAGGUAUUCUGAGUCGCCCGGUCCUCAGGUUCACAUGGCUUAUUCCGGAGAUGUGGGUGCCUCUGUUGAUUCUCAUCAGUGGUUCCCUGACACGGGUGCCACAAAUCAUGCGACUCCUGACUCAUCGGUGUUGACUUCCGCUGCUGGCUAUGAUGGUUCUGACACUCUACGGGUUGGCAAUGGUGCAGGCAUGACUAUACUUAGUGUUGGUUCUGCUUCGAUAGCCUCUUCUGAUAAGCUUUUUCGUUUAAAUGAUGUCUUGUAUGUCCCUGGCUUAUCGUCGUCUUUGCUUUCUGUUUAG